CUUAGUAACACAUGUCUUAGUCUCCGAUAUCUGCCGUCUCGGCUACUCCCUCUAGUUUGCUAAUUUGGACACUUUGACAUGCAAAUGCAUUCGCAUGGAAUUUCCUUUACUCAAUUAAUCAUUGUUCAUCUGAUGCUAUAUUUUGGUCCACAGUAUCCUGGGUUGUUAUAUCUCAGUUGCGACCUAAAGGCGAAGCUAGUUGUUGACACUGAUUUCUGCCAAUCCUUGCACCCGAAAUUUUUAUGCAUGUUCUUUAUGGAAGCCUUUACAAUAUCUAAGUUUGAUGCCACAUCAUAUGCACCACCCAGUGCGUGGCAAUUGUUUCUUUGGUCACAUCCCCAUAAGAGCAUCUUUUUCUUUACUUCUCUUUUGGAACCUUUUUCAGCCGAACAAAACUAGAGGUAUACUGGAUACUCCAUAAGAAGGCUGGCAGUACUUGGAGGCAUCUUAAAGAUAUAAUAAAUAUAUUUCCUUUCAUCCGCCACCAUUUUAGAGGAGUGCGGAUGUUUACACUGUAAUAAAUAAGGCUCAAGUUUUAUCGCAUGUAAUCUCCAUUGUGCAUGCUACUCAGCUCAUCUUGUUUCUUCCGUCAUUCCACUCUCCACCGCAUUAUCCCACCAGAGAGUUGCCAAAAAGAUAUUAGGUCCCCUGCUUUAGGACCAGCCAAAGACAAAUCGCCUCUCAUUUUGCAUUUACUGUAAUAUAUCUGGGCCAAGUGACUUGAAUUUACUGGAAAAGAUGCCAGAGGACAGUGUUCAGCAUCUAUCUAAGAGCAAGUGGAACAUGCCCUUCAUUGUUUUCUUCAGAGAUACAAGGCUUGUUUUCAAGAUGGAUGCGCUUGGCUUAGAGAUACUAAGGAUUGCAUUUCCUGCAGCCUUGGCUUUAGCUGCCGAUCCUGUUGCUUCCCUAAUUGACACUGCAUUUAUUGGCCGCUUAGGUCCGGUGGAAAUUGCUGCUGUCGGAGUUUCGAUCGCUAUAUUUAAUCAAGCUUCAAGGAUUACCAUAUUUCCCCUAGUCAGUAUAACUACAUCUUUUGUUGCUGAGGAGGAAACUGUUGGAAGAGUUGGUAAUGAAUCCGCAACAGGUGAGGAACCAGAAAAAGGUUCUAUCAAACUCAGUGAAAUGAAAGAAGUGAUUGCAGAAGAUGUUGCGCUUGAGAACCUUGAAAAAGGUUCAGCAACUAAGAGUGAAAAUAAAGAGCUUAUGCAAGAAAAAGAUAUGAUACCAAGUACUUGUGAGUCUCCAUCUGGCACCGACAGCGAUGCAGACAAAUUUAAAUCGUGCAAGGAGAGGAGACAUAUUCCAUCUGCUUCAACAGCAUUAGUAAUUGGUUGCAUUCUCGGUCUUUUGCAAACAUUGCUCCUUAUAUUGGGAGCAAAAACUCUCCUGGGUUUCAUGGGUGUCAAAUCUAAUUCUCCCAUGCUGGCUCCCGCACAAAAGUACUUGACAUUAAGAUCACUUGGUGCUCCAGCAGUUCUUCUCUCUUUGGCCACGCAAGGGGUCUUUCGAGGAUUUAAGGAUACUAAAACUCCUCUUUAUGCCACAGUUAUAGGAGAUGCUGCAAAUAUCAUUUUGGAUCCCAUACUUAUCUUUACCUGCCGCUUGGGAGUUAGUGGUGCAGCCAUAGCACAUGUUCUUUCUCAGUACUUGAUAUCAGCGAUUCUCUUAUGGAAGCUGAUGAAGCAAGUUGAGAUCUUACCUCCCAGCAUCAAAGAGUUGCAAUUUCAUCGAUUCUUGAAAAAUGGUGUUCUACUGUUGGCUAGAGUGAUAGCUGUUACAUUCUGCGUUACAUUAGCUGCAUCAAUGGCAGCAAGGCUCGGUUCAACACCUAUGGCUGCAUUCCAGAUAUGUCUUCAGGUGUGGAUGACAUCAUCACUCCUGGCUGAUGGUUUGGCUGUAGCUGGACAGGCAAUAUUAGCGAGUGCAUUUGCUGAGAAAGAUUAUAGCAAGGCAACAGCUGCUGCAUCCAGGGUAUUACAGAUGGGUUUUGUCCUAGGCCUUGGACUUGCCGUUGUCGUUGGGGUCGGUCUGCGAUUUGGAUUGGGUGUAUUUACAAAAGAUGUCAAUGUUCAACAUAUUAUUUUUGUUGGCCUUCCGUUUGUUGCAGCUACGCAGCCAAUCAACUCAUUAGCUUUUGUUUUUGAUGGUGUUAAUUUUGGAGCUUCGGAUUUUGCUUACUCUGCAUACUCCAUGGUUCUGGUGGCUAUUGUUAGCAUUGCUUCCUUGUUCCUUCUCUCUAGGAGCAAUGGCUUUGUCGGAAUCUGGGUUGCUUUAACAAUCUAUAUGGGUCUGCGUACAUUUGCUGGUGUCUGGAGGAUGGGAACUGGAAUUGGUCCUUGGAGAUUUCUUAGGGGUCAACGUACACCGCAGGCUUCAUAAUUCUAGCAUAUGCAAUCUGGCGGCAUUUCUUGUUACUAGUUUUCCUCCACUUCCUUCUGUUUUAUGCGAAGAAAUAAGUUGUCUGUCUCGUGCAUGUUUCAUGCUUAUAUCAUGAUGGACCUAUUCAAUAGAUCUGUUCAAAUGCUGCUGUACAUGUUUGUCGGA